AACACACCACCACCAUUAACCCUUUCAAAGCUUUCACUUACCCUUUUUCUCUGCACACCUCCAUUUUCUCUUUUGAACCAUUUUCCUUCAAAAGGGGUCCCUUUGCUUUUUCAUUUCUUUAAUUUUGAUCCUUUUUUUCCCCUUUGAAAUGGCUCUUGAAACUUGGUUGAUCAAAGUGAAAAGAACUAUAUCCAAACAUCCAAACCAUAAAUCCAACGUUGGGAUAUUAUCCUUUGAGAUUGCUAGCCUUAUGACAAAGCUCCUCCAUCUUUGGAACUCACUUUCAGACAAGGCCAUAAUUCGUCUUCAUAACGAAUCGAUACCCUUCGAAGGUGUCACGAAGCUCGUCUCCAACAACGAGCUUUUCCUUUUGAAGCUAGCGUGUGCCGAACUAGUCGAAAACAUCAAGCUGGUAGCCAAGUCCAUUUCAAGGCUAAGCAGCCGAUGCCAAGACGCCAAGCUUCGGUGUUUCGACCAAUGUUUCGAUUCAUUCACCGAUUCAGGUCACGAUUUUCAUCUCUGGGCCUUGAGUUCCAAUGACAUGGAAGCUAAAAACAAGAAGAUGGCAACGUUGAUAGCCAUUACAGCAACUUUAUAUAAAGAAAUGGAAGAAUUAUCCACAAUGGAGAACAAUUUGAGAAAGUGUAACUGUUUCUCCAUGAAAGACCAGCAAAGGCUUUACUGUCAAAGUCAAGAGGUUAAGCAUUUGAAACAAAAAUCCUUAUGGAACACAACAUUUGACAACGUUGUUUCCAUCCUUGUAAGAGCGGUUUUCAGCAUUUUAGCAAGGUUCAAGCUAGUUUUCGGGCUCGGUUUUUUCAAAUCAAACUCAAAUUUCUUAAAACCCCCUCUGGAUACAUUAGGUGCUUCAGCUUUAGCCUUACAUUAUGCAAAUCUAAUCAUUACAUUAGAGAAAAUGAUAAGAUCACCACAUUUAAUAGGCUUGGCUACAAGGGAUGAGCUUUAUUCAAUAUUACCAAGCACCAUUAGGUCAUCAUUAAGGGGUAGAUUAAAAGGAAUAUUAGGGUUCAUAGCAGAUGACCCAUUGCUUGCUGUUGAAUGGAGAUCAGCUAUGGGGAAGAUAUUGAGCUGGUUAUCACCAUUAGCACAUAAUAUGAUCAAAUGGCAAAAUGAAAGGAGCUUUGAGCAUUGGGAUUUCAAUUUGUUGCCUAAAACAAAUGUUCUUCUUUUAGAAACCCUUUUCUUUGCAAAUAAAGAGAAAGCUGAAGCUGCCAUUACUGAACUAUUGGUGGGUUUGAAUUAUAUUUGGAGAUUUGAAAGAGAAAUGACAGCCAGGACCUUGUUUGAAUGCAGCAAAAUAGUUUAAUAGGGGUUUAAUGGUAUUGUGUUGUUGUUUUUUGGGGGUUUUGAUUUUGAUUUUCUGCCAAUUUUUGUAAUUUUAGACUUGAACCAAGUUUUGUGUAAAUUACAUGAAAUAUGUAUAUAGUCAUGUGAAAAUAUUCCUUUUGUUUUGAUUUUGAA